AUGUUGUCUGAUCGUGGGAGGCCAAAAAAUGGUAACGAGAGUACACGGAAAAAGAAGAGUAAUCCUCUAAAGCCUUCUCCUCAGCCACAUCACAAUGACUAUACUGAAAAUUAUAUUCACACUACUGUGCCACCUCAAAGAUAUAUCAAGAACUCGGAGAAUCAGGUCGAGGGCUAUCCUAAUCUGCAGAAGCUUUUUCGCCUAAAAGAGAGGCAUGUGGCAAAAAACGCUACAACUCCUUUUGGAUGCAAAAUUGACAUUGACGCAAUGGUUCCCACUUUGAACCAUUGGAUUUCUGACGAAAGAAUGGUUUUUGAUGUUGUAAUGAUUGGCUGCCUCACUGAGAAUCAGUUUAUUUACCAAAUUUUGACUUCCCUGCCCAUUCAUAAGCUGAUAACUAAGCCCGGCUUCCUACUUAUUUGGGGGAGUGCACAGAAAAUCAACGAACUAACGAAACUAUUGCAGAGUGAGGCGUGGUCAAAGAAGUUUCGAAAAAGCGAAGAGCUAGUUUUCAUUCCAGUCGACAAAAGCUCUCCCUUUUAUCCAAGUCUCGACAAUGAUGAUCAGACGCUUUUCGAAAAGAUGCAGUGGCAUUGCUGGAUGUGUAUAACUGGAACGGUUCGAAGAGCAACAGAUGGUCAUCUCAUCCAUUGUAAUGUUGACACGGAUCUUGCUCUAGAAACCAAUGACCAGCAACAUAGCGCUGUCCCCGCUCAUCUUUAUAAAAUAGCCGAAAACUUCUCAACAGCAACAAGAAGGCUUCACAUUAUCCCCGCUAGAACAGGUACUGAAAUGCCUGUAAGGGUUAGACCUGGCUGGGUAAUAAUGAGUCCGGACGUGAUGCUGAAUAAUUUUGAGUGUGCAAGAUAUUUGGCAGAAAUCAGUAAAAUUGGGACUCAUCUGCCUGCUAAAAAUGACAUCGAAUCUUUAAGGCCAAAAAGCCCUACUCAAAAAAGAUUGACUUGA